UGGGGAGCAGGAAAAUGGAGAAUAGAGAAUUUGCCUUCGACCCAAGAGUGACAUUCCCAACGGUUUAAUCUAAAAUAUAACACUCCUUCAUACAGUUAUUGAGAAAAUUAAAAAUUGUUUAAAAUCUCAAUCUCCAAAUUUUAGUAAUUAAUAUUACACCACAUUCACACAACCAACUUUCAAAGCUCUGCAACAAUGACAGAAGAGUCCAACAUAGAGCAAAAUGAAGGGGUUAAUAGUAAUAAAAGACAAAGAAUUUCUAAAGCUUGCGAUGCAUGCAGACGAAAAAAGCUGAAAUGUAACGGUGAAAUACCAUGUCGAGGAUGUUCUUCCGCAGAGGUCUGUACUUAUAGUGCUCACAAGGAGAGGAGGAAAAGAAAGGCUGCUUCCAAAGUCGACCCUCCAGUGAAUGAUUCCGAUCCCACAACCACCACAGCAGAUGAACCAACUCCGGGAUCCGGUAUAGCUAAUGCGGUAUCUAGCGCCACUCGUAAAACUAUUCAAGGACUUAAUUCAAGGAUCGCUUCACUUGAGUCUCUUCUUUUCACUUUGGUAGAAAAAAUGGAAGUGCCGCAAACGAAUGAAACUGGAUCCGAUCUGGACUCUCCUACAUCAAGUACAUCUACAGAAACAUCGCCAGAAGAGGCAACCACUCCACCCAAUGAUUUGACUACCGUUUCAAGUAGUAAGAAUGCAUUCACGAGAUUUACUGGUAUAGCAGGUCGUAAGAUGGCAAAGGCACCACCUGCAAAGGCAAAAUGUCAUUCUCUCCUUUGUAUAAUUACCGAAAAUUCGCUUCAAUGGAUUAAAUCAAAACUCAGAUUCCGAGAUAUCAGUCUUUUCUGGUCUCUAGAAAGACUACCCCUUGCAUUUAACGCUACCAUGUUGUCACUGGUGAGAUCGUGGAUAGAUACCCCAUCCAAGUCAAGAGGCGGCGCUAGUAUACGUCAUAAGAAGGAAUUGACACAGUAUGGUGAUUUCCCACUUGAUUCCAAACUUGUUUUUGGUCUCUUAAGUAGCUACUAUUCACGAAUAUCAGAUGCAAACAUAUUAUGCCACGUUGAUUUUAUCCGAGAAUUGUUUGACCGAUAUUAUGAAUCUGAAAAGGAACUGAGUAUUCGAAGAAAAUUCAAAUAUUCGGAGUUACUUAUUAUGAACAUUUCACUUGCAAUGGCUCUUGAAAAUAAAGGUGAUGAAUGGAACAAAGCCACUGAACUCUAUUCUGAUGUGGAAUUGAAAAAUUUCCAGCAAGUUUGGUUUGAAAGUUCUGUUUAUUAUUACGAUAAGGUUAAUGUUGUCAGUGAAGGGUUAAUAACAGUCCAAGCUAUUCUUUUGUUACUGUGUUACUCUAAUGCUCAUUACGCUACUGAUAUACAAGUAAAUAAUAUGUUGACAUCUGUUGCUAUACGAUUUGCUCAAGAAUUGGGAUUAAACCGUUUAGAGUUGAUUGAAAGCUUGCACUCAGAGCAGGCUGAAUUAUGUCGGGGAAUCUGGUGGUACUGUCAUUUCAUGGAUUUGGAUACAUGUUACAAGACUGGGAAACCAUUAUUGAUUAACCUUGAUGACGUCUCUACCUUGACAGAAUUUGACACUGGAUGUCCAUAUUCUGUACCUUCCGAUCCAAUAUUUACCAGAGAGUAUUUCAAUCAAAAUUUAAGUCAAACAUUGGUUUCUUUGUCUAUGGACAGUCCCCACGUUUAUUACCAUCAUUAUAUGCUCUUACUCAAUAGAAUCAGAGCAAAAAGUUACAACGAACUUUUCAGUGCCAAGGCAAGACGUACAUUAAUGAAUCUGCUUGAUAUGCAAGUUUCUGUGAUCUCUCGUAUCAAUGAAGAAAUGAUGAUCCUUGCAGACCUGAUGGAUCCAUUAUUUAGGCCCAUGUUGUACCCAAUGCAAGUUUCAGAACCUUCGAGCCCGGAAUUCAUACUGUUUUAUCGAAAACAUGAACAAUAUUUAUCUGAAGUAAGAUUGAUUUUCCAAAUGACCUUUUUCUCCCAUUUAAUGAUCAUAAAUCGAGUGCCGUAUCUUGCCAACUUUCCUAAUAUGGAAGAGAAUCUGUCAUAUUCUAGUUUGGCCUUUGUUGGUGCAAGAGCAUUGCUAAAUUCCUUGUUGGCUUCGGUGGAUGAAAACAUCAGUAAAUUUGUUGGAAAUACUAUCCAAGCAUAUGCAUUUAUUGCAUUUUUGAUUCUUCUUACACAAUACCUCAAUAGUAAGACAUCACCCCAUCUUGUUGAAGACUUUAAUUUACUUGCACGUGUCUCCAUGGAGGUAUUCUCCAAAGGGUGUGCUAGUAAGACAAAAGAAGAUUGGGAAAGAGAGAGAAUCGUAAACGCGAAAAAUGUCAUGGCUGUUCUACUGGCACGAGUAAUGUUAAAAAUUAUGGUGGGAGUUACUGAAUCUGAAUUAGGAUUGGAUUUAAUACAAGGAAACUCCAAACUACAAAUUCAUUUAGAUUCGUGUGAAUUAAUUUAUCCUGAAUUAUUUGAAAAUCUUGGUAACAAUGAAGUACCAGAUUUCUUCAAUGGAGUAUUAUUUUCUCAAAAGCAAUCAGUUUCUUCUACAGAAGGUAAGGUUGGAACUGUAGAUCUGGAGAGUAACUUUGGAUCGACAGAACAAUCUGACGUUGGUCACCAAACAAUGCCUCAAUCGCCAUUUAAUUUUCUGGUACCACUGCCAAUGCCUUCAUCUAGGCCACUGACAGAUCCAUUUUCUAGGUCAUUAUCUCAAUUCUCGCAAGAACAAGAGAUUAAUGAUGUUCAAUUAGCCGAUUUCAAUGAUGAUGCAAUCAGUAACCUACUCUAUUCACAAGCAUAUGGCUUUACAAGUGUUUUAUUUGAUGGACUUAAUCAGAGUAAUUGAUUUAAAUAGAAGUACAUCUCCUUUUCAUUUUUUUUUUUAAUAGAGCAUU